GGUCGUGAGAAUCGGAACUUUAAUAAUUUUAUUUAAAAAGAACAAAAAAAAAGAAAAUGUAAACAUUUUAAUUAUAAAUUUAUUAUUGUAAUAGAAAAAUAUUUUUUUUUAUUUGCUAAAUUAAAAGGGGAGCGAAAAUUUUAAUAAAUUUAUGAAAUUUGAGAAUAAUUAAAGUUUAAAGAAAAAGUGCAGAUUUUAAUAAAAAACAAUAAAAAAAUAAGGAGUAAAGGAUAUAAUAUAUAAAUUUGUGAUGUGUGGAAUAUUUUAGAAGAAGAGAAAAGAAUAACGGUAAUAAGUGUUAAAAGAUAUAACGGAUAAAAUUUGUUUUUUUUACGAUAUUAUUAAAUAAAAGCGAUGAUAACUUAAUUAAUUUAUAUAAAUAAUAAAAUUAAAAUUAAAAAUUCAAAAGUAAAAGAAAUGCGAAAAAUUUUCUUUUUUAAAUGCUCUAAAAAACCCUCACAAAAUGCAUUUAAUCAUUUAUUCUAAUAAUAUUAAUAAAUUAAAUUUCAAUUUAUCUUAAAACAAAAUAGAAAAAUAUAAUAUAAAAGAAGUUACUAAUUGGCAAAGUGAUCUAUAUUAAAAUACAAAAAAAAAAAAUUAAAUAAAAUUUAUUAAUGAAAAAAAAAGCAGAUUACUGCUUUUAAGCAAAAAGAAGAAUAAAAAACCUGUGACGUGCAAAACGAAGAAAAAAAUAAAAGAAGAAAAUUGGAUUUUUUAAUUCAAUUUUAUUCAAAAAAAUUUUAUAUUUAACGAUUGCUUAUAUAAUGCUUUUUAAACACGACAACAUAUACUACUAACGAAAACUUGGAUUUGAACUCAAUCAGCAGAACAAAAACUGAAAAAUAUUAAAACAAUGGUGGUUAAUACAACAAAAUUAUCAAAGGCAAUCAUUAAUGCCGACAACAUUAAUAUUAAAACUUUUAAAUCACCUAGUAUAAUCUUCAACAAAUGGUUUUCUGGAUUACAAUUUUUAAUUAUUUUUCAUUUAAUUAUUUCAACAUGCACAGGCUUUGAAAUUUUCUUUCCACAAGAAUUAGUUAAAUUAACAAUACCAAAGACUGAAAGAGCAUUUAAAUCAUUAACAAAAGUUCCAAUAGGAAAAUUUCAAGUAAUAUCCUUAAAUCGUAAUAAUCCUGCUAGCGAAUAUUUAUAUAAAUUUGAAGAACCAAUUGAAACACAACAAUAUUUACGUAUUGACAAUAAAACUGGUGAAGUAUAUUUGGGUAAUAAUUUUUAUAAUUUAUAUUCAAAUUAUAAUAAUCAAAAGGAUGAAGAGAAAAUUCAACAAUUUACAAUAACAGCAUAUAAUCCAAAACAUGAUACAUUUCAUAUGGCUCAUAUGACAUUACAAAUUGAAUUAUAUACAGAAACAAAAGAUUUUUGUGCACAUCAAUUGAAUAAAAUAUGUUUUUGGGAUAAUAUAACAUAUUCGAUAGCAGAGAAUUCUAAAUCAAAUCCUAUUAUAAUUGGUGAAAUUGGUUCAUUCGGAUUACAAUAUAUUUGUUCACAAGAUCGUAUCACAUAUUCAUUGAAUAAUAAAAAUCAAUUUAUUGAAUUAGAUGGUAGAAAUAUUAUAGCAAAAAUAAAAUUGGAUCAUGAUAGUCAUAAUCCUGGACAUUCAAUUGAUUUAUUAAUAAAAUGUUCAAUAAAGACAAGUAUGAAUAGUGUACCACAAGAUUUUGAAAAAAAUAUUAAAAUUAAUGUAUUGGAUCGUAAUGAUAAUGGUGUAUGGUUUCAAGAAAAUAAAACUUAUUAUAGUUUUACGAUACCGAAUCCGCAUUUUAAUGAGGAUGAAAUAAUUGGCGAUCUUCCCAUAAUAAUUAGAGAUAACGAUUCUCUACAAGUCAACAGCAAAAUAAUUUAUGAAAUUCAUAAUGAAACUUCUCAUAUAAUAAAACCAUACUGUAAUCCAUAUGAAGCUGAUCAUACAGGAGUAAAGAGUACAGCUAUUAGCUGCCAAUUUAAAUUUAUAAGACGUGGAUCACUUCGAGAUUCACCACAUUGUUUUAUAUUUGAAGCUCGUGAUAUGUCUUUGGAUACAGAAAAUACCAAAGAUAAACGUUCAAUAAAUGCAACAAUCUGUAUUAGCAGUAAUAUGGAAAAAAUUAUUGAUUUACCAGGUCCAAAAGCAUUAGCAAUGACAUCAAGAAAUCAUGGAAAUAUAAAUACAAGAAGAAAUCGUAAAUUAUUACGUAAUACCGAUGAACAAUCUAUUAAUGAUGAUACAAAUGAUAAUACAAAUGGUAUUACAACAACAAUGAGAACAUUUAUACGUGUUGAAUAUCCAAAAGAUAUUUAUGUCUAUCGAACAUCAAUGAAUUUAACAAGAGUAACACAACCAAGCAAUAUGAAACAAUUAUAUAAAAGACCGGAUCAUAAAUUUAGUUUAAUUGAUGAUCCAACAAAUGCAUUUGCUAUUACAAAAUUUGGUGGAAUUUUGUAUGUACAUAAUACAACAGCUUUAAUGACAGCAAUCGAACAUAUUUAUUACAUUAAAAUUGGUUGGUUAAAUGAAACCAAAGUUCUUUUUAUACAUUUAGAAUAUGGUAGGCCAGAGAAUACAAGUUGUGCAUACGAACCUGAAUCUAGAGUAACACAAACAUGUUCACAAGUGAAAACAAGAAAAAAUUGUAUAAAAUUUUGUGGUUUGGGUACUGGUGGUGGAUCAUGUGAAUAUAGAGGACUACCAAAUUCAACAUUUAGUACAAAUUUUGCAACAUGUACACCGAAUGCAACCUAUUGUCCUGACAAUAUAUGUGAUCCAUUAGAACAAAUUGAUAUAUAUUUGUGUCCGCAAGAUUGUAUGCCAGCAACAAAAAUUUUUGGUCCACAUACAAAUAAUAAAAAUAAAUUAGGAAUUUAUUCAGCAUCAGGUGCUUGUAUUUGCGAUGAAGGUGGUAGCUGUAAUUGUGGUUCAUUUGGUUUAGAAGAUAAACCGAAGAAUUCGGGAAAGAAAAAAGAAAGAAAUAAAAUACAACCAAGUCAAAAUGUAACAGAAGCAACAACAAGGCCAUUAUUAUCUGGCGCUACCAUUGAAUGUGGACCAUCUUGUAUGAUUCUUGCAGUUGGAUGCCCCUUAAUACUGAUAAUUAUUGUAAUUUGUUUAAUUAUAUCGCGACGCAAAUACAUAAAACAAGCAAAACGAAAAGUAUUAAGUGAAAAAGGUGAUGGAGAAAAUCGUACGGUUGAUUUACCGUUAGUACCCUUUGAAAAUGACAUGAAAUUGGAUAUAACGUCCGAUUCAAAAUGGGAAUUUAAACGUGAUUUACUCGUAUUUGAUACUCUACUUGGUGAAGGUGAAUUUGGUAAAGUCUUAAGAGGAUAUGCAACAGAUAUAGCUGGUAAAACUGGUAUUACUACAGUUGCUGUGAAAAUGUUAAAAACUGGUGCAAAUUCAGCAGAAUAUUUAGCACUUUUAUCAGAAUUUCAAUUAUUACAAGAAUGUUCACAUCCAAAUGUUAUAAAACUUUUGGGUGCAUGUACUAAAGGAGAAUCACCAUUAUUAAUUAUCGAAUAUGCAAAAUAUGGUUCAUUAAGAAGUUAUUUGAGAUUAAGUCGAAAAAUUGAAUGUUCUGGUGUUGAAUUUACGGAUGGUGUUGAACCAGUAACUGUUAAAGAUAUUUUAUCAUUUGCAUGGCAAAUAUGCAAAGGGAUGGCCUAUUUAACAGAAAUUAAACUGGUACAUAGAGAUCUUGCAGCCCGAAAUGUUUUAUUAGCAGAGGGUAAAAUAUGUAAAAUAUCAGAUUUCGGACUAACACGAGAUGUUUAUGAAGAUGAUGCAUAUUUGAAACGUAGUAGAGAUCGAGUUCCUGUAAAGUGGAUGGCUCCUGAGUCAUUGGCAGAUCAUGUAUAUACAACAAAAUCAGAUGUAUGGGCAUUUGGAGUGCUAGGUUGGGAGUUAAUAACACUUGGUGCAUCACCAUAUCCAGGAAUACCACCACAAAAUUUAUAUCAUCUGCUAAAAAGCGGCUACCGUAUGGAAAGACCAGAAAAUUGUUCAGAAGACAUCUAUGGAAUUUUGAGAGCAUGUUGGGGUGAUGAUCCAAAUACACGACCUUCAUUCAAAUAUUUAGCUUCACAAUGGGAGAAGUUAUUAGGUAAUAAUGCCAAAUAUUUAGAAUUAGAAACAACAUCAGCCGUCUCAAAUCCAUUAUAUUGUGAUGAUCCAACAACACAAAAUCAUAAUACAUCAACUACAAUAGCAACAACAAUACAAAUAACCGGAAAUAAUAAUACUGAACCGAUUAAUAAAGAACCAAAUGAAUCAUUAAUUAAAAAUGAUCUUGGUGAACCAGAUUGUUUAGAUCAUUUAUGGAAACCACCAAAAGUCAGUUAUGAAAUUAAUGAUAAUAAUUCAAAUGAAGAGAAUAAUACAUUAAGUACAUGUUUAAGUAAUGAUGUAUCAAAUUCAAUACAAUUAGGCUAUGAUAUACCGAGACCUUUAAUUGAAUCAAAAACAACAGAACAAGCUUUACGUUACGAAAAUGAUUUACGUUUUCCAUUAAAUAUUAAAAUUUGUAAUGGACGUAUUAGUCAACAUAUUUCAUCUGUACCACCAAAUCAUUAUUCAGUUCCAGUUAAACGUGGACGUUCCUAUAUGGAUAUGACAAAUAAAACUCUAAUACCAGAUAAUUUAAAUAUUGAUGAUUUUGAAAAGAAAAUGUCUAAGAAUAUAACAUUUCGUUUCUCCAGUUUAUUAAAUUUAAAUGAACAGGACACAACAGUAGUUUAGAAUUAAUUAGAGAUUAGGGCAUUUAUUUUAAAAGGAAAAUUGAGGUUUUCUUUGUAAAAAUCAAAAUUUUAUUUUCUGUUUCUCUUUUUUGACAAGGUUAUUUUUAUUAAAUAUGUAUAGU